AUGCUUAUAAUCAAUGGAUCUAGUGCAUUGGAUGCAACCUGGGCUUAUGGACGACGUUCCUGUGUGGAAGCUAUUACACGCAUUGUUGAUUCAGUUGGACUUGAAUCGUUGGGCGACAGUGCUGAACUUCUUGAUUGUCUCAUUAAUUGUUUGGACGAUUAUACAAUGGACAAAAGGGGUGAUGUUGGAAGAGUUCUGCGCGAGGAAGCGAUGAGGGCACUUGCAGUUAUUUUACCUCUGGCACAAAAUUGCUCGAAAGUUGCUGAUCGUAUUUCCGAAGCAGUCUUUAAAAUAAUUCAGCAAUCUAUCGAGAAAAUUGAUGCAACUCGUGAGUGUGCUGCAUUGGUGAUGAAGAGGAUCUUGAAAUCAGGACUAAAGAAUAUUCAAGAAGAAGAAAUUCUAAGGGAAAUUUAUUUGGUUAAUGGUUUGAAUAUGGACUGGAGAUUGUCAUCUUGUUUCAAACGAUUAGCUUUGCUGUUGAAAAGUUCUUACUACCGAUAUUCUGCCUUAAAUGGAUUUAUUAUAUCUGCUGGCGGUGUUACGGAAUCUACGAUGCGAGGCGCAUCUGAUGCUUUGCUUUCGGUGAUUUCUGAUAUGCGCGAAUCACGACAAGAAUUAGAAAAUUUUCUGCAAUGUUUUGCAUCCAUCUUAAUCAAUAAUGCUGGCAUAGUGCGUAUAACUCAACCUCUGCUUCGUACACUGGACCAGAUUUUAUCAGCACAGCUUCUGGAAUGUUUUGAGGCAGAUCCAGAUUCUUCACCGUCUCUUCGGAAAAUUGUGGAUCGCGUCGCGAUCGUUGUCCGCACUUUGCGAUCUCGUUAUCCCAUAAUGCGUCGUAAUACAGCGGAGCAACUUUAUGAAUGCUUGGCCUCCGAAUGUGAUAGCAACAAUGAAAUGGAAAGAAAUAAACGCCUAGAAUUGUUGAAUUUACUUUCAGAAACAAAGUGGAAUAUUACUGGUGAUGAACAGUUUUUAGGAGAUGCGCUCAGGAAAUGUCGAGAUGAAAAGAGAUUAAAUGUAACAGAAACAACUAAGAGAUUUUUAGACGUAGUUUCAGAUUAUGUCUUUGUCCUUGUUAUGGUGCAAUCGAAGCGAGCUCGUAUUGACAUUGCCAAUAUAUCUACGGCAACCACCACACCAGAGGAUAUCCUGGCUGCAUUGGAAAAAGAUGAAUCGCAAGCAAUGGUUGUUGAUGAAGCAGCUGUUAAACGAAUUGUUAUGCAGCUAGAGAAACGAUGUUUGAAAAAUCGAGAGAUGCGCAUCAAAUACGGUGAUGAACCAGCGAAGUUCAUGGAAAGCGAAGUUGAAUUAAAUGAAGCAGUACAGGAGAUGCACGCAUUAGCAACGCAGCCUGAUUUAUAUGAAUUGCUUCUUGAUCAUGGCGCAACGGCUACUCUUUUACAGUUAUUAGCUCACGAAAACUCUGACAUUGUUGCCGCUGUCAUCAAUCUUUUACAGGAAUUAACAGAUGUUGAUACACUGAAUGAAGGUGAAGGUGGCGCUGCGAAACUAAUUGAUGUAUUAGUUGCUGAUCAGUUAAUUGAAACAUUAGUACAGCAAAGUAUUGAGCGUUUGGAUGAAACUAUAAAAGACGAAGCUGAUGCAAUCCAUAAUGCAUUAUCGGUUGUAGAAAAUGUGCUCGAUUUCCGGCCAUCAUUUGCUGAUAUUUGUGUCGAACAGGGUUUGUUUGCUUGGCUUCUUCGUCGUGGAACUCAACGAGGAGCUUUAGAUGCGAAUAAGAUGUUUGCUAGUGAAUUGCUUUCUUUACUUCUGCAAUCAACCGAAUUAGCUAGAAAACGAUUAACAGAAAAAGUUGAUGGCUUCGAUUUGCUGCUUCGUGCUUUGGCCACUUACAAGCGUCAUGAUCCAGGGAGUGCAGAUGAACGGGAACAUAUGGAGAACUUGUUCAAUGCUGUAUGCGCCGCGCUUAUGUAUGCACCAAACAGACAGAAAUUUCUGGACGGUGAAGGCCUUCAGUUAAUGAAUCUUAUGCUGAGGGAACGCAAGCAGUCACGUGAAAGUGCACUAAAGGUUUUAGAUUACGCCACAAAUGGUGCAGAAGGAAAAUCCAAUUGUGCCAAAUUCAUCGAUAUUCUUGGUUUGCGAACAAUUUUUCCGCUGUUUAUGAGAACUCCAUCAAAGCAGAAAAGAAAGGAUUCAACACCAGAUGAACAUGAAGAGCAUGUUUUGGCAUCUUUACUGAGAUCUUGUGGUGAAGAAGGGCGUAAUCGGAUUUUUUCGAAAUUUAGCGAACACGAAUAUGAAAAAGUCGACCGUGCAGUUGAACUCGUUUUAAAAUAUCAGGAACGUGUGGACCGAUUUGAUGCCCGUCAAGCUAAUUUGACACAGAACAGCAAAUUAUCUGAUGAUGAAAUUGAACAGUUGUAUCUGGAUAAAUUGGAUGCUGGUUUGUACACAUUGCAACGUAUCAUUUUAAUUCUUGCGGAUGUAUGCGCAAAUGCAAUGCUUGGCUGUCGUAACCGAGCUGUAAAGCUGUUCCAAAUGCGCACUGGAAAUGGAAAACUUAGCAAACAUCUUGUACCGGUUCUUGAAGAGUAUGAAAUUAAUUUAGGCGCAGAAGCAGAUGAAGAAAGGAAACGCAUACGUCAGCUUAUCGCACGGCUAAAUAGCAUUGAUAAAAACUAG